AUGCAGCUUCUAUAUCUAUUCCUUACCGAGAGAGCUCACAUUGUACGAGGGAUGAUUAAAAGGCGGCUUGAUAGCAAGUUGUACAUAUUCAACUUUGUUACCUUGACCCUGGGAUACAUUGGGAUCUCCAUUCUCCUCUAUCUUCAUCGCAUUGCGAGAUUCGAUGACGGCCAGUGUGUCAUCGGAAAUGAUAGAUUAAGCAUUAUUCCAUUUCUCGUCUUCGGCACCAUUGUUGACAUCUAUCUGUCAAUACUUUUUUUCAUCCCUUUCAGAACGCUGUAUCAGUUCAGAGAUAUCAAUCCGACACCUGCAACAAAGAGACUCCGAGGAAUCGCUCUUAGAAGCUUCAUCGGGGGGUUUGCCGUCCUUACUACCAGUGUCGUCAAUGGGUUGGUCAUGAUCAUCAUGGAAGGCCAGAAAGGCUGGGUUUGCCUCCUUCUAUGCUGCAUCGAU